UAUAUUCUUAUUAGUAAAAAGCAAAGAAAAGAAACACACGGAGACUCAAACCAUAAACUAUCUAAAUUUGGUUCUUAAACUGCAAAAAUUGAUCAUCUUGUUUAUAACUUAAAAGUAGCAGCAAAACUUCAUUCAAAAUGGAGUUAUUUGUGAAAGGAACAAAAGAAAGUGAUGCUUCAGCUGAUUAUGUUGAGACUGAUCCUACUGGUCGUUAUGCUCGAUUAGAAGAAAUCCUUGGAAAAGGAGCAGUUAAAACAGUUUAUAAAGCAAUAGAUGAAGUUUUGGGUAUUGAAGUGGCAUGGAAUCAAGCAAGGAUAAAGGAUGUGUUACGUUCUCCGGAACAAUUGGAACGUCUUUACUCGGAAGUUCACUUGCUUAGCACACUCAACCAUGAUUCUAUCAUCCGCUUUUACACUUCUUGGAUUAAUACCAACCAGAGGACCUUCAAUUUCAUUACUGAACUUUUCACUUCUGGUACUCUUAGACAGUAUAGAAGAACAUAUAGGAGGGUAGACAUCCAAGCUAUAAAGAGCUGGUCUCGCCAAAUCUUACAAGGCCUUGUUUACUUGCAUGGCCAUGAUCCUCCAGUCAUUCAUAGAGAUCUUAAGUGUGAUAACAUCUUUGUUAAUGGACAUGUUGGCCAAGUCAAGAUUGGUGAUUUGGGAUUGGCAGCACUUCUCAAAGGGUCCAAAACUGCCCAUAGUAUUAUAGGCACACCUGAAUUCAUGGCGCCUGAGUUAUACGAAGAAGAUUACAAUGAGCUUGUUGAUGUAUACUCAUUUGGCAUGUGCUUAAUUGAGAUGUUUACUCUUGAGUAUCCAUACAGUGAAUGUGCCAAUCCUGCACAAAUAUACAAGAAAGUCACAUCGGGCAAGUUACCGAAAGCUUUACAUCGAGUUCAAGACAAAGAAGCACAAAGAUUCAUUAGAAAAUGCUUAGCUCCUAAAUCUGAGAGGUUAUCUGCAAGUGACUUACUUCUAGACCCAUUUCUGUCAUCAGUUGGUGAUUUAUUGCACACCAAAAGUUUCAUAGAAAGUGAAAAGCCAUUUCUGAACUAUUCGAGUCUCGAAAAGUUGAAGCUGGUUGAUAGUCUUCCAAGGACUAAUAUGACAAUUACAGGGAACCUGAAAACCAAAGAUGGUACCAUCAUUCUUAAGGUGCAGUUUUCAGAUGGAAAUGGUCCUCCGCGAAACAUUUUCUUCCCAUUUGACAUAAUUAAUGAUACUUCAUUAGAGGUUGCCACAGAGAUGGUGGAAGAGUUGGAGAUCAAUGAUUGGGAACCUCAGGAAAUUGCAGAAAUGAUUGAGGCUGAAAUUUCCAUUUUGAAGCCACAUUGGAAGAAAUGGGUGUCACCUAGAUCCCAACCUUACAAUUCAUUUGAUUACCUAGAAGACGAAUAUGAUGGUUCUCAUCAUAUGCAUCAUUCUUCCUCGUGUUCAUCUUCCGUGGCUUCAGCUUCAGGAGUUUUUUGUACUCAACGAAGUGACCGAUUAGUUAUGAGCAAUGAUCAUCUCCAAGAGGAUUUUUCGGAUGAAAUCAACUCAUACAGUUCAAAACAUUCUGAUAAGAUAACCAAUUUGAGUCACAGUUUAGUUGAUGAUGUACAAGGUAUUACAGUUAGUAAAAGCAAAUGUUUCAAGAACAGUCGACAGUUGACAAGGAAUCGUUCACUUAUAGAUGUGCAGAGCCAAAGACUGCAUCAGUCACUGCUGGAAGAAGUACACAAGAAGAGAAUGUUUAAGACAGUUGGAUCAGUGGAGAAUAUAGGGUUUCGAUCGCCUUUCGAUUUCUCAACUAGCCAAGGCAAAGGGCUAAGUGGAAAAGAUGGUGCUAAUUUAGCUCACAUUAUUGCUAGGAAGGGAAGAAUGGAUGCUACUAAAACUGUGACAGUUAUGCCAUCUGAGUGGAACAUAAACAUGUAAAAUUACAUGUAGAUUUGUAAUCAAAGAAUUGAAACUUUUUGGUGUUCUGUAUUGUAGUGCAAAUGAUGGUAAAGAAAAUAUUGAUGUUCUAAGAGAUAAGCAUUCUGUUUGAACAAUUAGGAUGAUAAUGUUCUCAUUGACCUACUUUAAAA